AUGUCGAUAACGCCUAUCAUAACGUUCAAGGCCGGCUAUUGCGAUGUAGAUGCUUCAAGAAGACCCUUCAAGGUCAAGCCCUCAGAACGGCCUGGUUAUAUUUACCUUUAUUCCGAAGAUGAUCUACUUCACUUCUGCUGGCGAGAGCGGAGUGCCCCUAUCGACGAACCCGAGCUAGACCUCGUCAUGGUGCCCACGGACGGCCAUUUCGUACCUUACGAUCCGAAAACUCAACCCAGCGGGGCCAUCAAGCCCGACGGCCGCGUCUUCGUCCUCAAGUUCCUUUCCUCUUCCCAGCGUUACUUCUUCUACCUACAAUCCAAACCCCAAGGUCGGACCGGCAACCCGAACUGGUUCAGCCCUCGCGACCUUAAGAUUGGCGAGAUCGUCGACAAGCUCCUCCAGGGCGAAGAGGUCGACGUGGCGCGUGAACUGGCCUCGAUCAAUAACAGCGACAACGACGACCGACGUGGCAACGAUAAUGACGAGACCAUGGAGGACGUCGAAAGUCACGGCGGUGCUAGCGAUCCCCAAGUAGGUAGCGGCGGUGCCGGCGCAGGCGCGACUGGCGGCGACAUACGGGAUGAGGGCGAGGGUGCGCGAGAAGGCGGUGCCGAUGGUGGUAGAGCUGCUGCCUCGGGUAACUCGGAUGCUGCUAUGGCAGUGAGAAACUUCCUGGACUCGUUGAAGGGAGGAAGCCAAGGGGAAGGGGAAGGGAAACUUUAUCCGCUCCUUUCGGAUCUUUUAACACCUCCUGUCACCGUCCCUAUGGCCCGACAAGCUACGGAGGAGCAAGUAGACAAUCUACUUAGCUUCUUACCGCCUUCGGUCCUGGUCCUGUCCCAACAAGCGGAUGAGGGAGACACUACGGCAGAACCAACCGCGGCGGCGAUACAAGCAGCCAAGGAAGCCAUGAGUCUUGGCCAAAAGAAGGCGUUACUAGAAAAGGUCCUGCGAAGUCCGCAGUUCCAUCAAAGUUUAGCUAGUCUGACGAUGGCGAUCCGAGACGGCGGCUUACCGAGCAUUGCGGACGCGCUCUCUGUCCCGGUCGAGAACGGCGGAUAUUUCAAAGGAAGCCAGUUGCCUUUAGGCGGCGGGGAGGCAGUGGAGGCGUUUGUCGAGGGCGUUAAGAAGAGUGUGCAGAAGAAGUAA